CAACAACUUUAUUUAAAUACUCAUUCCUCUGACUUAUUUAUACACAUACACACACACACACAUAUAUUCACACACACACACACACAAUACCACACAAUAAAACCUCAACUCUCGAUUCAAAAAUAAAUUCAAACAUAGAAUUGUUUCCUAUAUCUUGAUCGUCACAAAUUCACAAAAUUAUAACCAAUUAUAUCUCCCAAUUUCCCCCUUCAGAUCCAAAUCUCCCAAGAAAUACAAAGGGCAAGGCAAGGAAGACAAGGCACGCUCGUAAGUAAGCAAGCAAGUACCUUAAACAAGGACGCGACUUCCGCGUGACGGGUCCACACGAUAGGGAGAGAGGCGAUUGAUCGUAUUGCAUUGCAUUACAUACGUGAUUAUUGAAGGAAGGAGAACCGCAAAGAAAAAAAAAUUGUUUCUUUUUAAACAAAUACAAUUCAAUACAAUACCAUUCAAUCCAAUAAUCUCAUCACGACAUCUCAAUUAGCUUAACAAUUUGCUGCUUGCUAAUUGCUGAGAUUGCUGUUAAAUCAAUCCAUCAAUCAUUCCGUGGCCCUUUUUGCCCGUGUUGUCAACAACUAUCCCCAGCCGUACCCAUUCACACGACAGACAACUUAUGCGCAAUAAUCACCGGGUCAACGCUGUCGCAAAAAAUUAUGCAUACAAAAAUGCCAGCCUCCGCUAAACGACCUUAUCGUCGGGAUUCGAUGAGGGAAGAGAUUGAUAUUCCUGACUCCUCGCCUUCUCGCCCUCCGAAGAGAAGAAAGAGGGCUUCAGAACCCAAACCUAAAUCCAAUCAUUCAACCUCCAACCAACAACCCGUACCCGAGAUGGAAAACCAGGAAGAGAUUAUCUUUAAGCUUAAGAAACACUUGGGAUUAUUUAGUGUUGUACAAGUUCUCGAGGACCAUGCGGACGAUAAAUAUGAACAAGAGUACGGAGGAGGAGUUCAAGCUUUCGCAAAGUUGGCUGGAAAUGGUUGGACUUAUUACGUCAAGGAUCAGGAGGUCCAGAUUGGGCGCAACCCGGCCGAGGGUCAAGAAGAAGUUCCAGGAGCUGUUGCGGAGGUCGAUAUUGAUCUGGGCCCAAGUAAAAUGAUUUCGCGACAACAUGCCAGAAUAUUCUUCGACGAUGGCUGGCGAAUUCAAGUCAAUAGUCGCAACGGAGCCAAAGUCAACGGUACGAUGUUUGUCCGCAAUCACGAGCCAAAAGAGUUGCAUAGUGGAGAUGUAAUCAAUGUCUCGGGUAUUGAGAUGAUAUUCGUUUUACCCGGAGGUCCUUUCAAAAUUCAUCCGGAAUACCUGCGAAAAAUUGAGAGUACCGUGGACGAUGGAGAGGAAGCCGAUGAAGUAGAGGAGGACGCAGAGGAUGUAGAGGAUGCUCAGAGAGAUAGCGAGGAACCUUCGGAUGUUCCUUUGCCCCCUUCAACUAAUGGAGCCCGCGCUCAGAAUGGAGUUCCGCAAGCGAUUGCUCCAGCGCCAGCUAAUUGGCAACGUGCUGCUACUCCUCGCGCUUCUCUCAAAGUCCCAAGUUCUGCAAAGAGACCCCCUACUGGCUAUUCGGCUGGCGGUACGAUGAUCAUGAAUGAUUCUGAAAAUGUCGACCUCAGUCUUGAUUCCAAUCAUCAUAUCAAGCCUGGUUACAGCUAUGCGCAAAUGAUCGCGCAGGUAAUUUUUGAAGCUCCAAAUCAAAUGUUGUUACUGAAUGGCAUUUACCAAGCCAUUAUGGCCAAAUACGCUUAUUACAGAUUUCAAGCACCCGGCGGCUGGCAAAAUUCUAUCCGCCACAACUUGUCGCUUAACCAAAAUUACGACAAGAUACCACGUGGAAAGGAUGAGCCUGGCAAAGGUAAAAAGUGGUUUAUCAAGCCAUCGUGCUAUGAUACAAUCGCAGCACUCGCACAAUCAGCUCCUGGCAGAGGUGGUGGCCACCGAGGAUCUUCACAGCCAGUAUCACCAGCCGCCGCUGCCGAUCGAGGGUUUGAUGAUGAAUCCAGUCCGGAUUCCGUCGCUAGAAAAAGGAAAUCUUCAGCUUCACGCUCACCACGUAUGAGACCACACCAAACUAACAGACCGCAAUUUACUCCCGAACGGGCCCCCCGGAUUCAAAACUUACAGCAUGAUUUCCCCGGCGAUGGAAGUCCACUACCUAGACAUUAUCGACGAGUUCAGAAGAACGCCCCUGGCUUUUCUGAUAAUUUGCCCAAUUCUCCACCCACCCUCUCAUCUUCUUAUCAACAGGAUGAUGGUAACACGUUUGUCACGCCAGCUCCCCACCGUGUUUAUCCUCAUUUAGCACCGCCAAGUACUGCGCAGCGACCAAGUCAACAUAUGCCAACUAGCUCGCCUGCUCCAUUUUGGACAUUCGCUGACGGUACUCCUAAUCAUGGAUUUCGUGGUUAUGAUAAUAGCCCUAUCAAAAGGUUUCAACCCAGCGUUAUUCCCGAUAGUAGUCCACCUCCAAUGCGACGGACUCCAGCUCCGAGUCCUACCAAAAGUGCAGUUUUGGGAAAACUUCAGAUGCCAGAUGUUGAUGAGGUUGAAGAAGAAGAAGAAAAAGGGUUUGAUCUUACAAAGGGAUUCCAAAGUAUUUCUCAAUUCCACCUCGAGAGUGUUGCAAAACUUACUGCGACACCUGUAUCGGGCUCCCUUGCGGCUCGUAUUUGAGUUACCUCGCCGAUACAAAUGGUCUUUGUAACUGUUGAAUUUGUUUUCUUUUUACCUCUGCACAGUGUGAGGGUCCACCUUACCUACUAGCUUUAUUUGCAAGCAAAUUACUACUAUAUCGACGAUUAUACCUCCUGGACACUCCACCAACUCACCUUCACCUACUCAUUUAUAUUUACAUCGAUUCAUGAUGUGGCGUUCUGCAAAGCAGAUUAUCGGAUUGGAAGGUUAUUUGAUUAUGUUAAAUUUUCCCCACGAGUCUUAUAUGUUAAGGUUGGGAGUAUGGGUUAUGCGUUUUUGUUAUGUACAUUUAUGGGUGGGAUUGGGAUCGGUGUUUAUUUAAAAUGGGAAAGAAAGGAAGGGAAAGAGAAUG